ACUUCUGCUUCAAUAUAUAUAUUUUGUGUUUUUGAACAGAAACAUCGAUGCGAGUGAAAUAUAUAUCGAUAUAUCGUCUCACAUUGAGCACAUGCAACAUUGUACUUCUGAAGCGCAUCAACCAAACAUUUAUUUAUUGUGUACUUUUUUUAUAUAUGUAAGCAAUACAAACAAUAGAAAUGCACGAAGAACAGACAACCGAUGCGCCAGCAAUUAUAGCGUCGCCCAGCCAAGUGAUGCGGCAUUUUGUGCAGUGCAUGGACGACGACGAUGUACGCAGGGAAUUGACAGACGACUGCAUUCUCAGCGUGCUGGGGCGCAGCAUUAAAGGCGUCGCUGCCGUAACUGGUUACGUGCGCACCCAGCUAACGGCACGCUACAGGCAUGUGGGCUUCCAGGCUGCCAGCCACUGUAGCGAGGCUCGGAAAUCGCUGCUCACGGAUCGCUAUGCGCGCAGUUUUCAAGUGCUUCGCAGCCGCCCAAAGGCGUCAAAGCCCAUGCCGGCAUCUCUGCACAUGCGUCCAGAGAGUGAUGACGACGAGCCGGAUGCUGGCGACUGCCUCAAUCAGCUGGUGACACCUCCACGCUCGAGCGCACCGGCUCAAAACUCGCAACUGUUGCAGUACAUCGAAUCGCCUGGCGUGCUGGAGGCAGAUCAUGAGCACGAUGAUGGUGGCAUUGAUCUGGGCGAAUCAUGCCAGGUGACGCUGACGCUGGGCUACCGCGUCUAUAAUAGCGAAUGUGCAGUGGAAAUCUGCUUGGUCAUCUACGAGAAGCUUAAGCCAAGAUCUCUGGCACAUCCGGCACGGAACCGGACUUCACGCAGCUCACGAAAUGUCCACACGGAUGAUGAAGGCGAGCUGCCGGCAACGCGCAGCGUACGGCGUACGCUCUUCACCAGUGCCGCCGACAGCGAAGAUCCCGAGGAGUCCAUGGUCCGAACGUUGCCCGACGUUAGCCCGGCCAAAGCUCCGCCUGCUUUGACGCCGCGCAAGCGUCAGCAUAAAACCGAUCCGAAUGUCAAGUCCAAGCGGCUGACGGUGCUUGGCGGCAUGCGCUUCUAGAAAUAUUAGCCCACUUAUUAGCCCAAUAUUGUACCAAACUAAAUUAUAGAUUUAUAGAUAGUAGUGCCCAUAUUGGGCGGAUUGUUAAUUGCGAAGACUGAGCCCAGUUGUAGUAGAGUAUACAGAUAAGGUUGUCUUCGGACUAAUACGAGUACAUAAGAUUAUUCAAAACAUAUACACCAAUUGUAUAUACAUAUAUAUUAUAUUAUAAACCAAUAUAUUUUUCUAUUCUUAAGUGUUAAAAUAAAACAAAUUAUUCAAAAGA